UCAUCUCCCCCUCUUUUUCUUCCAUUGCCAAAGAAAACAAGUUAAUAUUGUUAGUGACUUUUAGACUCUUGUUUCUGUGCUGCCUUUGAUUUUACCCACAUUUUUAGACUGCAUUACAUGCCUGUCAUGGGUGAAACAUUUCACAUAAUUUGCCUGCUGUGGGUAUUUGUGAAUGUGUGUGAGCCGCACAUGUUUGGAGAGGUGUCUUCUCCACGGUAUCCUCAACCAUAUUCUGGAAAUCUCAAUGAACAAUGGGACCUGGAAGUACCAAUGGGGUAUAAGAUCCAGCUAACAUUCAAUCAUCUGGACAUUGAGGCCUCUCCAAACUGUCUUAACAAUUCAGUUAUGGUUAUUUCUGAUAAGAAGAUUGAGGGAAAGUUCUGUGGCCAGAAUUCCACAGACAGAUUUCACCCAGGAGAUAAGCCCGUCUUAGCCCCUGGAAACCGUCUCAAGGUGAUUUUUCAGACUGAAGACACAAAACGCAAUUCACAUCUCGGCUUCACUGCAUUUUUCCAGGCUGUUGACGUUGAUGAAUGUAAAGACCCUGAAAAUGAGUGCAAUCAACUCUGCAAUAACUACAUUGGAGGUUAUCGCUGUUUCUGCAGACCAGGGUAUUUUCUCGACCCCGAUCAGCACACCUGCACAGCUGUAGAUUGUGGAAACCCAAAUCUUCCAGAUGUGACAGAACUAACAGUGGAAGAUCCUCAAACAACUUACCAGAAAAAAAUCACUCUCACGUGUAUCUCUGAAUAUUACCGGAUGACUGGAAAGGGUAUUUUCACCUGUGAUGCCAGUGGUACCUGGGUAUCUGAGAGUGGUCAAAACCUUUCUGAAGAUUUGCGUAUAUGUGAACCAGUGUGUGGAAUGAAUACAGAGAUUGCUAGUGGAAGAGUCUUUGGUGGAAAACCAGCCCUAUUGGGACAGAUUCCCUGGCAGCUCUUACACAGAUCAAAUCCUAGAGGUGGUGCAGUUCUGAUCAGUGAUUAUUGGGCGCUCACGACAGCUAGUUUAGCAGAUGGAUACGAAGAUGACACAAUGAAUUGGUUAGGGGGAAUGAUCGAUGCUCAAGACAAAAACAUAGUCACCAUGGAGACAAAAAAGAUAAUAAUUCAUCCAGAUUAUGAAAAAGUGGGCAAAAAUGGCGAUCCAAAAAACUUUGAUAAUGACAUUGCACUGAUCAAAAUGACAGAAAGAGUGCCACUUGGUCUAAACCUCAGGCCGGUGUGUCUACCAGAUAAACCAAUAGUGGAGGGAUUAGAAGGCACAGUCUCAGGGUUUGGAGCAACUCACAAAAACAAAAGGAGUCAAGUUUUAUUUUAUGGGGAUGUUAAAAUACAUCCUCUUCAUAAAUGUGAUUCAUUUGGUCAGACUGUAACUGAUAACAUGAUCUGUGCUGGAAAUGAUGAUGGUGUUGAUAGUUGUAAAGGUGACAGCGGUGGUCCAUUUAUUUACCCCAGACUCCUGCAGAACUCUGCAAAUGAACCCUUUAGACUUCUUGGUCUUGUAUCGUGGGGUCCUUCUAAAUGUGGAGAUCAAAGGUAUAAAGGUUUCUACACUAAAGUCCAUAACUACAUCGACUGGAUCAAACAAACCAUUGCACAGAACUAGCAUCAGCACAUUGAAAUAGCAUUCAGCUUUACCUGUCUGUCAUUAUUGUAUCGCACAUCAGUCAUGUUACCUUCAGUCAUUGACUUAAUCUCUGAUCAACAUGUAUACGACACUACUAUUUAGAUAAACAUUGUUUGGCGUUUGUAUUUUUUUAUAGCCAGUGUCUCUGUUUCAUCUUCAUAAUAAAAAAGUUUAAACACUUAAAGAAA